AUGCGAUAUUAUAUUAAAAAAAUUCAGAAGUAUUUUCCAUUCACUCUUAUUGAAAAUGAACUUGCCAUUUUCAACUGGUAUUUCACUCCGUUGUUCUUGCUUUCCUUGGCAGCUUUGCUCAAAAUGAUCAUGAAACAGGACGACGCAGUUGCGUGCCCUUACAAUACGGAACCUAUGGAAAACAAAGAAUGUCUUCUAGCCAGUCUAAGUUCUGAUGGGCGCUUCCUUAACCGGUUUGAAAUUCGCUCAGUGAGCAUUGAGGAGUACAGAUGGGUCUACGUGUUUGUAUUUGUGAUUGCCAUUUCUCUUCUAAUUCCGAUGAUUUUGUGGCAUAUCUUACAAAUGCAUAUAAACAUCCCGGUGAAUUACUUCAGCAGUUCGGCAAAAAACUUUUCGAAUAUGAGCCCACUAGAGCGUACAAUAAAAAUCAACAAAUUGGUGGUUCUGUUGGUUGAACGAUUAUUAAAACCAAAAAAACGUCUAGGGGUUUUUUCAUGUUUCAUUUUGCUCAAGUUCCUCUCGUUUUGUAUCACCUGCUUCUAUAUUUGUGGCAUUUUUUGCUUCAUUUUUGGACAUCCAAAGUUUUUCGAAUAUUUUCUCGAGGGUCUCACUGGCUACGAUGUUGAACCCAAAGCCGUUUUCUCACGCGAAGUCCGUUGCAUGAGAUGGAUUAAAAGUAUAAAUAAAGCUACCAAGAAAUUGCUACCUUGCGUUAUGAAAUUGAACAAUCUCAAUUAUAAAUUGUUCAUCGCACUUUGUUUGGUGCUCUUUGCAAGUGCGAUAUUGAUUAUUGUGGAUAUUUACUUCAAUUUCAUACACGCCUACAAAUUCACCAGCAUUACCAGACAGCUGGAAUUGAUGUUUGAUUCAGUAUCCGACGACGAGCUGAAAAGCUUCAAAAAUUUCCUUGGACGAGAUGGAAUCUUCAUUUUGAAAUUUGUGAACAAUCACAGCGAAGUUGCGUUCAACCAGCUCGUCGCAGAAGUAUAUAAGAAGUACAUCUAUGAAGAAAACAAUGCUAUUUACAUGAGGAUCUAUGAAAGACUUUUCAGUUCUGGUGACAGGCCUCAUAGCAUGGAAAUGGAAGUUUACGAAUUUCACGAGAUUUGA